AUGAGGGGAAGGGUCAUGAGGUGGAGAGAGGAAAGAAGCGGCGAAAGAAUGCAAAAGGGAAGCAGAAAGGAAACGGGGAACGAGGAGAGCCAAGGAGGGGUAGGAGGGAAGCUGCCUGGAAGCGCAGUGCUGCCUGGGAAUGUGAUGCUGGCGAACGGAGCAAAUGGAGCAGCAGGGGCGGACGAUGAUGGGCGCAACGACCUGAAGAAGUCAUUCAAUGACAUGCAUUCGCGCAUGGUGGAGCAGGUGGAGCAGAAGGAGGUGCUUCGGCAACGGGCAAAGCAUGCAAAGGAGCAAUUGCGGUCAGGGGAAUGGAGGAAGGCACAGGACGAGCAGUCCAACAUGCAACGCUUCUUUGGCUCUGUUGACUGGAGGGAGCAGAAGAAGCUUCGCAUAGAAAAGAAAAAACUGGAGCGCACAGUGCAUGCGGGCAACAAGCUGGCGAAGCUGGAGGCAAAGGAAACUGCAAGGAUGGAUGCCUUCCGCGCUGCGCUGGGCCUGCCCUCAUCAGAGGCACAGCGGCAGGCGGAGUGGAGGGCAGCAGCCACCCAAGCCAUGGCAUCCUUAGCCCUCUCAUUCCACUCUUUUCCACUCCCUUUCACUCCUUCGCUUCUUGUCCCCUUUCCUCCCCACCCAGCUGGGCCUGCCCUCAUCAGAGGCACAGCGCCAGGCAGAGUGGAGGGCAGCAGCCACCCAAGCCAUGGCUGUUGCUGA